AUGAUGGCCAACCCCAACUCAAACCUGCCAAAGCGUCUGCAGUGGUACAUAGUGCUAACAGCGCUGACAUGCGUCAGUGCUAGUCCAAGUGCUAUGAAGUCAAAGACCAUUUUUGCUGGUUCUGCUUCUCUGAAGCAACCACUUGGUGUCGUCGGCCAAAGCGAUGCGCGAGUGAAGCGGUAUUUGAGAAGAAAUUCGGAUGCGACGGAGAGCAUGGACGACGAACACGAAGACAGAGUUAUGGACCUAGCCGCCAUAGACCAAGGUGUAUUAGCAAGCGCCACCAAAUCGGUCGAUGCUGUCAACCCAGUAGUAUCCGUUAUAGACCAAGGGUUUUCAACAAAGGUCAGCGAAUCGGUCAAGAAGACGGUUGCUUACGUACCAAAUAAUAUGGGCGAAGCUCGCAAAAUGCUCGAGAAGGAUAUUGGUAACCAGAUCGAAUUUUACAGGAGCCAGGCAAAUUUGUUUAUGAGUGACAAAUUUGCGAAGUGGUCCAAGUCUGUGGACGAAGUGUACAAAAACAAAUUUGACGUUGUAAUCAGGAUGCUAGCGGCCGGAAGAAAAGAACCAACUACGCAAGAAAUCGCCAACGAUUUAGAGCUCGGUCUACUGAGAAAGUGGAUUAAAGAUGGGAAUGAGGACAACAUUCUGAAUCUGCUAAUAUUUAGCAAGGAUAAGAGCAAAGUUUUGAAGAGAACGUGUCUGCAACCAUGGUUCAAUUAUUUGACAAAUCAGAAAAGAAAUCCAUACGAGCUGUUUGUCGCGCAUGCUAUGAAGCGCUACAGUGACCAAGAGAUAGUAGAAAUGCUUGCGGCGGAAGACAACCCUCGGACCAAGACAAUAGCAACUAAAUUGGUGAAGCAGUUCUGGGAAAAGAGUGAUACAGGUGUGAGCGGCAGCUUUGAUCUUCUUAAACUCAACAAAGAACAGCCAGAUACGGUUUUGAGAAGUCCGAUUCUUAGAACGUGGAUCAAUUACGUUGAAUUGCUGGGAUCGGAUCCAUAUAAAGUGUUACUUUUGACGAUGAGGAAGCAAGUGGGUGACAAAAAGCUAUACUCGAUUCUUACUGCGGGUGGCAAUAAGCUAGAUUCGAUUCUUGCUAUGGCAAAGAAUACGAAUAUUCGGCGGACCUUACUACAUAUGCAAGAGAAGCGCCUACAGGAAUAUCCACAGAUGAAGAAGUGGCGGAAGAAUGGGAAAAGUGUCGGCGAUGUAUUCGAUCUUCUGAAGCUCCAAGAUAAAGGCAAAGAGAUGCUUGGAACUAAAGAUUGGGACGCAUGGGUUGCGUAUGUAACUUUUUUGGAAGAGCAAAAACAACCAACAGAUCAAAGAGAGAUCGCAACGGUUAUAUAUGCAGUGCUGAAGAAUCGAUUUAGCAGCAAAGGUCUAGCCAAGUUGGUCGCCACAGCCAAAACUGUCGAGAGUACCAAGGAAAUUGCCGGAAAAUGGAAGCGUAGCGAGUGGCGGAUUGCUCAGCGAACUCCGGACGACGUUUUCAAUCUUUUGAAGCUAAAGGAGAAGGGGAAUGCGGUAUUUGAGAGUCCGGAAUUCGAAAACUGGGCCUUAUAUGUCAUAGAAUUGAACAGGGGCAGAAAUCGCGAAGACGACGUUGAGCUUGCUUUGCAGCUAACCAGACACUAUGGUCGUCAUGUGAUAAAAAUGCUCAAGCAAUCAGAAAUGACGGCCAGUGCGAAAAACGACGAAGAUACGAAGUUAAUCGUCGGGAUGUUGCUCGAUGUGAUUGAGAGGUAG